AGGAGUUAACAGUACUGUGUGUCCAUGUGGAAGGAGCAACACCGAAGUUGAGGAAAGAAGAAAGAGAGCCUUGUGAGAAAAGACUGCAGGAGGACAGCCUGAGAUCACAACUGGAUGUGACAUCAUGUUGCUGAGCAUUGCUGCCAUUGCACUGCUGCUCUGUGUGCAGUAUCUGCACGGCUCUGCUCUCUCUGCCGUAUCGUCCUAUGAGUUCACUGCCUAUAGGAUGCAGCAGUACAACCUGGGACAGCGUAAACAUGGUUGUCGUGGAGCCAUUGUCGUUGCGGAGGCACGCUCAGCAGAGGAGCUGUCACUAACCCGCCGCUGUGUCAUAAUGAAGGUGCAAGACUUCACUGCAGAAAAAUACUCUGAGGCCCUGAGACAAAAUGCAGCUGCCAUACUGAUCCUGCUGCCCCAAAAUAUCUCCAGUAUCCCUCAUGAUGCAGUACAGUCCUUCAUGUUGAGUGAGAGCGAGACUUUGCAGAAGGAGACUCUCACGCCAGUGUAUGUGGCACUUGAGGACGAACAGCUGCUCUACAUGUAUGAGGAGCUGAAACAGGCUGCAGCCACACGCACCUCAUCCAUUUUUGUCCGAGUCCUGCGCAGCAUGGUCACGGCUACAGCGUUUCAGAUCUUAGUGAGCAACAACGCUCCUGUUAAGGCCGUCAUUGACAACGCUCUAAUCACACUGGAGGGAGUUCUUCCUGGAGCCGGAGAGGAUGCACCCACUAUCGUCAUCACAGCCCACUAUGACUCUUACGGGCUUGCCCCAUGGUUGUCAUACGGAGCAGACUCUAAUGCCGGUGGUGUCGUGAUCCUAAUGGAGCUGGCCCGUCUCUUCCAGAAACUCUACAGUAGUCCCAAAACCAGACCGCAAUUUAAUUUAAUGUUCUCCUUGACUGGAGGAGGAAAAUACAAUUUCCUUGGAACAAAGAGAUGGAUUGAAGAGAAUUUAGACCAUGCUGAGUCCAGCCUUCUCCAUGACAAUGUGGCAUUUGUUCUGUGCUUGGACACACUGGCCAACGGCGAUGAGCUGUACAUGCACGUCUCCCGUCCCCCUAAGCCUGACACUCCAGUGCAUUCUUUCAUUCAACAACUGGAGGAGGUGGUUUCCUCCAGAUUUCCCUGGGUGAAGGUGGGCUUGGUUCAUAAAAAGAUCAAUCUCGUGGAGUCUACAGUAGCUUGGGAGCAUGAGCGUUACAGUCUGCGCAGGAUCCUGGGCUUCACUCUGUCUCAUGUGGAAGAUCCAAAAUCUGAGCUUCGUGGCUCUAUACUAGACACAAUGUCAAAAGUGGAUGUCCGGAAACUCAAGCGUAAUGGCAUCAUCAUAGCAGAAGCACUGGCCCGCUAUAUGUACAAUCUCUCUGACAAGGGUUCACCAAAGGACAUGCAGGUUUUCAAAGGCCAGCUGGACUUUCAGGACAGUCGCGUCUCCAGUUUGAUGUCCUUCUUGACGUCAGUCCCUCGGGCGACCCAGCUGCUGGAUAAGGAACCCGGUCACAUUCUGCUGGUCAACUCACUGGAGCACGAAUUCAAGCGCUACCUGCAGCAAGUCCACAGACACACCUUCCGACAGGACAAGAGGGAUCCUGAUAUUACCUUUUUUGAUCAAAUGACCCAACCAGUAGUGAUGUACAGAGUGAAGCCUGCAGCCUUCGAUCUCUUCCUGGGUGGCUGCAUUGCUGCUUAUUUGGGAAUCGUUUACUACGCAAUCCAGAAUUUUGGUCAUCUCUACACAAAACUGAAAGCAGCAGUUAAAACUAAACACCACUGAACACUGUACGACUACAAACACUGGCUCCACGACAAGCGCUUUGAGGUCAGCUCUGCACAUGCUGGACUUUUCCUGGCUGUGCAGCAGGAAGCCUCUCUGUAUGAUCAUAUGCAUAUCAUAUUAAGUGGGAAUUUACUUUGAAAUGUAUUUCUUUUUUUUUUUAAAGAUGUUUGUACCUUUUAUUACACUUGAAGUCACAUAAAUGUGAAAAUUCCUUACAUCAACAGACUCAGAAUGUGCUGUUUGAAGGAAAAUGAAAUGAAAUAAAGAAGAGGUUAUUUCAA